UGUAUACGAACUUGACGAGCUACUCAAGAAAUUAAAAUGGCUACUCUUUAUUUCUUCUCUACUUUGGUUCUGACCAUUGUUGUUUCGGUUCCAAUCAAUGUGUUAGGUUCAGCAUACUGCGGACCGGUUGAGGCCAUCGACAAGGAUCUGGUUCAAUUCCCUCUCAACUUGGAAUUCCUCGAAGCUGAGUUCUUUUUGAAUGGCGCGCUCGGUCUUGGACUCGAUGCCUUUGAACCGGGUUUUGCCGCAGGCGGUCCUCCUCCGAUCGGUGCCCAAAAGGCCAACCUUGAUCCUGUUACCCGUAGAAUCAUCGAGGAAUUUGGUUAUCAAGAAGUUGGCCAUUUAAGGGCUAUUAUAACAACCGUUGGUGGAGUUCCAAGACCUCUAUAUGAUCUCAGUCCUGAAGCAUUCGCACAACUAUUUGACAAAGCAGUUGGCUACAAAUUGGACCCUCCAUUUAACCCUUACUCCAACACAGUCAACUAUCUCUUGGCAUCGUAUGCUAUCCCUUAUGUGGGACUGGUAGGAUACGUUGGCACCAUUCCACACUUGGCCAACUACACUUCUCGAAGACUUGUUGCGUCACUCUUGGGCGUAGAGUCUGGACAGGACGCAGUAAUACGAACGUUACUCUAUGAGAAAGCUGACGAGAAAGUGUUGCCUUAUGACAUAACUGUGGCUGAAUUCACCAACGCAAUCUCAGGCAUCAGGAAUGAGCUUGCCAUGUGUGGGAUUAGAGAUGAAGGUCUAAUUGUACCCUUAAAUCUUGGGGCCGAAAAUCGAACUGAGAGUAACAUUUUAUCUGCAGAUACCAACUCGCUCUCUUAUGCACGUACACCACAACAGAUUCUAAGGAUAAUUUAUGGAACCGGCAGUGAGUACAUGCCAGGCGGGUUUCUCCCUAGAGGUGGAAGUGGCAAGAUUGCAAGGAGUUUUCUCGAUAAGGUUUGAAAAAUGGAUGCUGUGCUAGAAAUGUUACUUUUGUUUAAUAUUAUGUAAUUCAAAGUAUAAUAAAGUUGUGACUCUUCAAGUG